AUUCAGUCGCGUUUCAAAGUCCGAAGCGCACGGACGCGUUGUGUCGCCUUUCGGUACCACGAUUCGGAAAUACGGCUAUAUUAUCUAUGUUCGCUAUUUGAAUGAGCGAUUAAAAAAAGUUGGUGUUCCAAAAAGUUUUCUUUGUUUUUCUUGACAGUUGAUUGACAGUGAUUUUUUUUUUGUCAUAUUUAAAUUUAGAACUUCGUUUUUUAAAACUGUGCUUCUUGUGAAUUGAAACGUUUUCCUAAUAAAAUUGUUUUGGAUUAACUCGACUGGGAAUAUCGUUUGUAAAAUAAUUAAUAUAAUCUUGUAAAUAAUUUGUUUAUGUGUAAAAUAUUAAGUAAGCUUAAAUAAUAAUGGCUAUAGUGUAAUUAAAAAAGAUUAAACUUAUGAAGUUAUUGAGUGACGCUUCAGAGAGAUCCUGAAAAUAUUGAAGCAGACAGAUUUGUACGGGAAUCUGUUUGAAGCGGGUCACAACACAAACCGAAGAUGACGACGGACAACGCACUCAAUUCCCAACGGGUGUUCAAGAAAUCCUCACCAAACAACAAGUUGACGCUAUACCUAGCAUCACGCGACCUGGUGGUGGAAAAUGGAGCUAUCGACAGAAUCCAAGGGGUUCUCCACGUGGAACCUGAAUACUUGGAGAACAAAAAGCUGUACGGACAAGUCACAUUGACUUUCAGAUACGGCCGAGAAGAUGAAGAAGUCAUGGGCCUCAAGUUUUGCAAUGAGGCCAUCAUGAGCUUGGCACAAAUAUGGCCGCUACACUGCAACCACGACAGAGAACCGAACAGUCCACUCCAGGACGCGUUAAUAAAACGCUUGGGGGCAAAUGCAUACCCGUUUCACCUGGAGUUGACGCCUCUAGCGCCACCUAGCGUGCAGCUGGUACCCGCGAAGCAGUACCACGGAGCACCUAUAGGAACUUCAUACGAUGUGAGAGCUUAUAUCGCGGAACGUCCAGACGAGAAGGUUUCCCGUCGCAACACGGUGCGCAUGGGCAUUCGAGUGCUGCAAGGACCAGGUCGAUCAGCGCCUCCACCUGUACUACCACCGCCGUCACCUCAUCACACGCUCAGUGCGCUCGCACAGUACAACAUGCUCAGGUUGAAAAGUAAAACGAAAAUAGAGUCAGAUGAGAACUGCCGACCGAAACCCGAAGAAAUAGAAAAUUCGGAGGUUCAGCCGCCGCGGGCGACCGUUGAGAAACCUUUUCUGCUAUCCGAUGGAAGAGUGGAAUUGGAAGCAUGGCUGGACAAACCGACAUACUCGCACGGGGAAUCUAUAAGAGUUGGAGUGGUCGUCGCUAAUCACUCGUCGAAGACAGUGCGACGGAUCAAGGCCUUGGUCGUUCAGCAUGUUGACGUCUGCAUGUUCUCCAACGGAAAGUUCAAGAAUGUCGUUGCUCUCGUCAAAGGCAAUGAUGUUGUGUUGCCAGGGCAGACACACACCGACACGUUCACGCUUACACCACACAGAGGUAUCACCAAAAAUUGGAUAGCACUUGAGGAUUCCUACUCAAAAACAGGUGCCAGCCUCGCAUCUACAGUUCUUAGCAACAACACGCCAGAGGACAGAAAUGUGUUUGCGAUAUACGUGUCAUAUUACGUAAAAGUAAAGCUGACCUUCAGUGCGAUGGGUGGGGAUCUCUCAUUAAAACUACCCUUUACACUAACACAUUCUUGCAUCAACGAAGCGCCUACAGACAGCGUGACAGAAGAAGCAACUCAUAAAAUGAUUCUAGAAGGAAAAGAGAACAGUGAAGAUGAGGAUAGCAAAGCUGAAAUAGAAAGAGACAAGCAGAACAAUAACGGGGACGAAGCGCCUGGGGAUGAUGCAGAAGUAAAAUCGCCGGAAGACCACCGAUGUGUGGCUGAUGUCCUGGUCAACAUCGAGAACAAAAUGGACCGACCGAAGAAAUUCGAAGGUCAAACAGAAGUGCGAACUGUGAAGCCGAGUGACGAAGAACUGGACCUGAUCGUCAAGUAUCCAGGUUCGGACACGUGAUCCGACGAGGAACUAGACAAUACAGGCCAGGGUGAAAAGACUGACACUAAAGUGAUCACACCAGCUAUUGUCAAAUGCAAGCGAGAGGUCCAAAUUCAUAAGAGUGGUUUUGCAGAAAAUCUUAAAAGAGCCGUGUGUUGUAUAGACAGGAGACGACAGUCAUAGCUUAGGCUGAAUUUGUUCGUAAUAGUUGUUUUUAAAGUACGAAAUAAAUAUAUAAAACCAAUGUUGAUACUUGUUUCUAGUAUUUGCAAAGCGCGAGGGCAAACAAUAAUGUGUGUCUAGUAAACAAAACCGGAAAAUACUUACAUCAAUUUCGUAUACAAAUACGUUUAAGGCACAAUUUUCUUGGAAAAUAACGAUAAAUUAUUAUUUUUCCAAAUCGUUUGCUCCCGCGGCUUGCAAACAUUAAAUUAAUUAUUUUUGAUUAGGUUUCGAAAGGCGUUUAGAAGACUAAUUAAAACGACGUCAAUCGAAAAUCGUCUGAAGCUAACGAAUUGCAUCUAGUCAUUAAAUUGAAGGUAAUUUGAAGUGUAUUUUACUAUUUUAAGGUUUUUCAUAGAUUAAGACUUGUCGGUUCACCGGCACAUGAAGCCUGAAUGGAUAUUACGCUUACUAAAUUGUAGUCAGUGUUAGUCGUGUUAGGAUUAAAUUUAGUGAUAACAAUUUGUAAAGGUUUUUCAAUGUCAUUUUUAGCGUUGUUUAC